AUGCUGGGAUGGGUGAUGGCGACCAGCUCGUUCAUACUGGACGGAACUGCUAGUUUUGUACGAGGCACUCUGUUUGGCAUACUUCUGACUCUGUUGUUAGAGACUGCUGCUGUUUUGUAUCUACUAAAAGCUCUUGCUGAUCCUCACCAUCGCUUUACAAAUGCAUCCGCUGGUGACCGUUCAUCCAAAGAUCUUGUUCCUGAGCAAGGCCCAACUCUUGUUUCUAACAUUCCAAAGUCUGGAUCAAAUGGCAUUGCUGCUUCUACAAGUGUGAAUUCCACUGGCUCUGCAGUCAGCAACUCUGACACUGUGCCUGAGCAUCUGCGUCCAUGGCCUGCAGCAAUUGUGGCAUUUCUUUCAAAGGAAUUAACACCACAACUAAAUGAUUGGCCAUUGGCUGAUGGGAAACCUGUUCACAAAGCAACCUUUGAUGCCAUCCAGUUCUUGCAUUCAUCUGCAUCUGCAUCUACAUCUACAUCUGCAAAACCAAUCCCAUCUUCCACUUCUGCUACUUGUGUUACUACUGGAUCUACCAUCAAGCCAAAUCUGGAACUGUCUGCUGGACACGAUGCUACUGGCACAUCCACUGCAGCAAAUACAACUCUGUCUGCUGAACCAUCACAUCAACCUGUUACACAUACGAUUGCCUCCAUUUCACAUGAAACUGAUCCUGUUGCUGUGGGUGAAUUGGAACAUUGUCACUGGCUGAACGUCAUCCUACAUCGCUUCUUUUUGACAUUCCGUGGAAGUGUCUUGUUUAAAAAGCGGUGGACGGAACGCAUGUCCCAAAAACUCAAUAUGAAACUUAAAAAUAAUACAUUUGUGAGCGCCAUUCAGAUUAAAGAACUAUCUUUAGGAGAUAAUUCUCCAGAGAUUUCAGGAAUUCGUUUGCUGAAAGGAGUCACUAAAGACUUGGCCGUGAUUGGAGAAGCAGAUGUAUCUUAUAAUGGAGGUGGAUCCAUUUUACUCGAGGUGGUACUUACUGCUGGAAUCACUAUUCCUGCACGUGUGUUUUUGAAUCAGUUUACUGGAUCGAUUCGAGUACGUACUCCUUCGGUUCUUUGGCCUGAUAUGAUUGGUGUUACAUUUGUCGAAGAUCCUGGAAUAUCGUUUACUGUAGACACCGGAACUGGAAGAAUUAAUGAAUUUUUAAGAAGUAUGAUCAAUAAAGCAGUUGCUUCAAUUGUUAGGAAGACGUUUUUGGAGCUAUGGGUACUCCCUAGCUGGAGAACUUUCUUUCUUCCACAAAUGCAGCCAUCGGCCGAGGAAUAUAAUGAGAUGUCUCGGUUGAAAGCAGAGGCAGCAUUUAAUCAAGGAGGAAAAGACUCUUUUGGUCAGCCUCUUCAACCGUCAAAACACACUUUAGCUGGUCGAGCUACGGCCCUUUGGGAAUCCAGAAUUUUACGUGGAUCCAAACUGCAGCACAAAGACAUGCUUCAGGGGAGUACCUUUAACACUACGCUUGCAUUGACACCUGUUUGUCAUUUACAACCAGAAGAUAUGGAGGAAUCACUUUCAGAGUUGUUUUUGAAAUUUGUACAAGAGUCUGCUACUGCUACUGCUUCUGCAUUGCCUGCCACUGCAGAUAUAGCAGUCUCUAAAAAAUCAGAGGAGGGAAGUAUCAGUUCCAACAGUAUUUCCAACUUGGCAAUGGGCAAUAAUGCAUCAACAAAUAACGUGCUAGAUGUGUCCCAAGAACAUGCUAAACCACAUCUGCCUUUGGCACUGUCUGCUUUAACUCAGUCCACAUCGAAUCCAGGACUAUCAUCACUACUACCAUUAGCUUCGCAGCAGUCUACUGCCCCAACCCAGCAGCCAGUUUUUGAGUGGAAGACUAUUCGCAACAGAUUGGGUGUUCAUAUUCAGAAACGACUUGAACCAGACUCAGUUUACGCAGACAUGAUUCGUGCAUUUAUUACCAUUGAAUGUGAUCCUGACCGUGUCGGCCGUGUUUUGUGCAAUCCUGAGCAUUUUGGACAUAUUUACGACUCGUUUGAAAGUGCACGGUUUGUACACGAGUUUGGAAAUAAUCGUACCAUUAUGUUGUCAAAAUUCAAGUUUGGGCGAUCUAUCACAAAAUCAUUGCUUUUAUUCUGCUGUCGUCGUAUACUGCCUUGUUCCACUGAUAUCCCAGAAGAGGCUGAAAUGGCUAUGCUUAAUGAUAGCCUUACAUCACUUCCACUAGCAUCUGAUGCAUCGACUGAAAAUGACGAGCCAAUCAAAAAACCACCUCAAAAGCUCAUUUUUAUCAUGCGGUCUAUCAAAUCUUUUAAUUUUUCUGAACCACAAAAAUAUGAAUCUACCGUUUCUGACCCAAAAAAAAUUUCUCGAGUUUAUUCUACAUCUGAUUUAUCGCUGAGCGCUGCAGCAAGUCAAACUGAUCUAAACGGACUAAACUCUUCUACAGUGACAGGGUUUGGAUCUGAUACUGUCGAGCAAAACGAACAUGAGAAUGAUGGAUUAAAUGCUCAAUCUGAAACGCCCAAGCUUGAUUCAAAGAGUUUAAAGCAUCGUCGUCGAUCGCAAUCAUUCAAUAUUGAUACUUCCAAAACAUUACCUGUUGACUCGUCAGCAAUACAACACAAAACCCCUCGACAUGUCAAUUCUCUUGCAUCAAUAUCAGUCAAAAAUAUAUCGCUUGAAAUUCCCUUGUCUACUAAUAGAGUCGCUGACUUGUCUUCUGCCAGUUUGACCACAACUCCAAAGCCAGUUGAUGAAAAGACUGUUUCUGAAACCACUCCUACAAAGAUUGCAGCUGAAGUGAAGGCACGAUCUGAUGUCUAUCUUUAUGGCUAUUUAAUUGAACCUUGUCCAGACAAUCCAAAUCACUCCAAAGUGACUGUAAUUUCUCAUAUGUCUCCUGAACUCCAGCGUUUGGAUAUGGAUUUCAACACAUGUCGUAAACUAAAGUUAUUCAUUGAAGAAUUGGAUCAGUUUACUCGAGGAACGCAUCCAUCCAGUCUCAAAAACACUGAUGCAGGCAAUGAAAUUAAUCGUCGUCGACUAUUUCCUUUUGGUGGAUCUAGCGAACCAAAUGAUCCUUCGCUGCUUUCUGCUGAUGGUCGGCGUAUUGACAAAAUUAAAAACUAUUUGGGAUCUACUGCUAGCUAUCUUAUGAAGGGAAGAAAAGGGUUGAAUGCGAUCUGGUCUGCUAGUCGGUCUGCUGCUCGUGAUCACGAUAGCGGAGAAGAGUUUGAUGGAGAUGAUAUGGCACUAUCUGGUGAACUUCAUUUGCCAACUGCUUCUUCAAAUGAAAACUUUAAGCAUGACAUGGACAACUAUUUUGACGAGGUCGAGUCCGAAGCCGACUAUCUACAUAAACCAAGCAACAAUGAAGUUCCUGGUGAUCAGGGGCGUCCAACAACAGAUUCAAAACCAUCCUCUUUACGUCAGCCAAAAAGUUUAUCAGCGUUAUGGUUGAACAGUCAGCAACGAUCGAUUUCUGCACCCGAACCAAGUAGUGAGCUAUUAUCAGGAAAUAGCUGUAGUGGUAAUGUUGAUUUCACAAUCAUUGCACCUCGUCGAUCACUGGCGCAUGAACUAUCUGAAUUUGGACGAGAGCCCUAUGUUGAAAGGGUUCUUUAUGCCAAAGAAGCUGUACGUGUAGAAAUUCAAUACGAUCGAUCCAAAUUUGGGCCGGCCGUUGUGUUUGAAUGGGAAUAUAUGAUGCGUGUCGAAUCUACUGCAUAUUUCAGUAUCAUCUACGUUCCUAAUACAUUCGAAAGUGGCACGUAUCCAAUCAUAAAUCUGCUGCCUGUUUCUCAUGCACCUGCAACUGGGUUUUCUCUUUUUCCAACUGCCUCUGUACAAUCAUAUAUUGGUCCUGCAUAUGGUACCAGUAAUAUCUCUAGUCUUGCAUCAGGAAUGUUUGUGUUGUCGUGGGAGGGUCCAGGCACACAACUGAAAAAACAAUUACGGAGUUUUGCCUAUAAAUGUUUAAUUCAUAAUUUAGAUAUAUCGCCCGAUGACACUAUAUCUACUAUUGGACCAGCCAACAAAUAUCGCAGCUCGACUAUUCGAACUGGAACGUGUGUAGAAAUUGUUAUACCCAGAAAAUCAUUUUUUUCACUACCACUGCUAUAUGAUGAUCGACUGGUACAUUCGGGUAUUGAUGUAACUAUGAUGCAUACCACGCUAGAAUGGGAAUUUACUACAGGUGGAUAUGACAUCACAUUUGCGAUUUAUUUUGAUCCCAUUUCUACUUCAGAAAAAAAAGAUCCGCCUGGAUUGGACGAGAAAAAAUCAACUGUGGGCAUCACACACGAUUUUGCAUUAAAGACUAUUGUUGAGGAUAAUGCAGCAUUUUCCGGGCCAGUUGUGCAUUCUUCUACUGCUUCCAACACCACUACAGAUGCUAUAGAAGCAGCAAAUUCAACAGAAUCGGGAAAACAUCAGACUGCUGUUGCGACUCAUCGCUUAAACGUGUUAGAAAUAGAGUCAGAGUCUAAUCCCCGUCGGUCACUAUCGGAUCGACUAGCAGCAGCAGUAGGUCGAGAUGGCUUACUAGUAUCAGAUCAGCACACUCCGCCAGCCGGAUCGAAUCAGUCUUCAACCACCUCGUCUCCAUUGUUGACAGCCACACAUACGACCCAGUCCGAUUCAGUGACUUCAAUGGCACUGUCUUCUGCUAAAUCUACUAUGGCAUCUAUCAUUGCAUCGCGACUUGUAACAGCAUCACGGUCUAAUGCCACACAACGUGAUGUGGCAUCUGGAGGAAAUGGUCCACGUAUGGCUUUUCAACCCCAUACCAAUGCAGAGUUCAAUAGUAGUGGAUCACCACAUCGAGUAUGUUUAGUCCAGCCUGUUCGUGUCAACUCUUCACGAGGACAUACUUUUGGAUCAAUGGAUGUAACUGGCAAGUAUGGAGUGUAUACUCUAUUAUGGGAUAACUCGACAAGUCUGGUUACAAGUCGCACUGUUGGCGUAAAAACUCAUUUAGUGACUAUUGGCUCUGUUGAUGCAGAAGAAAAUUCUAAUGAAGGAUAAAGUUUAAAUUUACAUUUAUUGACUAAUAAACUCAUUUCUAUUAGUCAGAUUGACACU